AUGAUAAAAUUAGUACCAGAGUCAUCAUUGCCAUUAACUGAAAUAUCAUCACAAUUAGCCAUUGACACUGAUUCGCAGUCGCAUAACAAUGUGACGGCAACAGUAUCAAAACCAGCAACAGUUUCAAAUGAUGUUUCUAUGAGUCAAACUGGUUCCACCAUAUCAUCAGGUGCCACAAAUCGAAAUGAACAAUUACGAACAGCAGGUAUGUAGAAUGUAUGAAACACAGAGAAAAUAUUACAUUUGGUAUAGAUACUUAGACUUUAGACUUUUUUUUGUAAUGGUGUUGGAUCAAUAUCUAUCAGUAUACAAGGUUGAGAUGUUAGGUUGGGCGAAGUACGCAUGAGAGGCUAUACCAAAUGUAAUAUUUUCUCUGUGUUUCCUA